UUCAACGGCAACCCACAUCGAAGCCCGACAUCAACCACAAGAACAACGACGGCGGUAGAAUGGUGUUUGUUGGAUCGUUUUUCGAACGCUGCUGCGAACCACCGGACAAGCCGGUCCUCGAGAAUGUCAUCGUAAAGCAAGGCAUGAAGUCCAUCCUGGAGGAGGUGAAUCAGUUGGAACGAAACAACGAGCACCAGCAACCGGCACCACCGUACCCACAGGUCAUCUUUGGCAAUGAGUACCAUCACCAUCAGCCGGCUGGCAGCACCGUCGACGCUCAAGACUAUAUGCACCACCCGCACCAUCAUCACCUACACCCGGCAAUGUGUGCGAACGGGUGGGCCCAGCUGCCGAUGGGUAUGGUGGCGGCCGAUGGUCCCGGUGUCGGGCCGGUAGGCGUCGGUAUCGCCGGUGUCGGUGUCGGCAUGUCCAACAAACCUGCCACAUCCGGCUGGAUGGAUGGGCUGUUCGGUUGCAUGCGACCGGUACUGUCGCUGAUUGGCAAAAGCCACAUCAUGGAGAUGAAGAGCAAACAGACUGAGGAUUGGGAGAUUCCGUACGAAACGAUCACGGACAUGGUGUGGUUGGGCAGCGGUGCACAGGGUGCCGUGUUCUGUGGCAAGCUGCGCAACGAGCUGGUAGCGGUAAAGAAGGUGCACGAGCUCAAGGAGACGGAUAUCAGGCAUCUGCGCAAGCUGGAUCACGAGAACAUCGUCAAAUUCAAGGGAGUGUGCACCCAGGCGCCAGCAUUCUGCAUCAUCAUGGAGUACUGUCCGCAUGGUUCGCUGCACAAGAAGCUGAAGGACAGUGGUGGGAUCAUAUCGCCCCAGCAACUCGUCUCCUGGUCGCAGCAGAUCGCACUCGGCAUGCAGUACCUUCACACGCACAAGAUCAUCCAUCGUGAUCUGAAGAGUCCCAACAUUCUAAUCGGCGAAAAAGAGGUGAUUAAAAUCAGCGACUUUGGAACAUCGCGCGAAUGGAACGAAAUCAGCACGAAGAUGAGCUUUGCCGGUACGGUGGCGUGGAUGGCACCGGAAGUUAUCUGUAAUUUGCCGUGCAAUGAAAAGGUUGACAUCUGGUCGUACGGUGUCGUCCUGUGGGAACUACUGACCGGUGAGGUACCGUACAAGAACGUUGAUUCGUCGCAAAUCAUCUACGGUGUCGGUAGCAAUUCGCUGUGCCUGCCAAUACCGGAAUCGUGUCCGGAGGGUUUUAAACUGCUGAUCAAACAGUGCUGGAGCACAAAGCCACGAAAUCGACCCUCGUUCAAGAUCAUUCUAACGCAUCUGGACAUUGCGGGUCGGGAGUUGUUGGCGGCGUGCGAGAAGGAACAGUACGAGGCGUACUAUCAGUCGCAGCAAUCGUGGCGUGAGGAGAUUCGUAGCCACAUGCAAGAGAUAACGAGCAACCGGAUGAAUAUCCAGAAAGUCGAGCAGGAUCUGAUACAGAAGCGGAAGGAUGAGUGGAAGCACGCGCAACACGUGCGGAUGACGUACGAGAGGAAGCUGGAGCGUACGAACAUGAUAUGCCGGCAGCUGUCCACGUACAUUGCGCAGCUGGAGCAGAAAGAGCAGGAAAUUAUGAAGCGCGAAAAGCAGCUUGCACCUCAGCAAAGAAAAUGUGGCUUCCUAAAACGCGGUGCGGACAAAUCCAAUCGCAAACGACCGUUCAGCUUUCCCUCGAUGGGAACGGCCCUACCUGGAUACCCGGGAGACUCAACAACACCAAGUCCAACGGCAAACGGCGUUACACCGGCGAAAGCAACACUGUACGCCGAACUGAACCCUUCCGGCCAUCCGGGUGCACGGUCCGUUGUGGCGACAGCAGGCCCACCGCCACACUACAGUACACUGGCACCUCUCCAACAAGCUUCAGCUACGCCAGCAACUGCCACCAUCAAUCCAGACUCGUCGACAACAGUUGUCCCAUCGCCGAUGGCACCCACGACAACGUCUUCCGGAAGGGUGAAAAAGCUUCGCCAUCGACGGGUUGGCUCGGGAACGAUCAACUGCAGUCCAAAGUGUAGCCCAUGCCGGGAUCGCCGGGUACAGAGCGAACCGGAAACGCGCCAAGUAAAGCUAGUGGACACGGAAACACAAACCGAACCGAUGGACAUUAGUGAGCCGGAUGUGAGCCCGAGCCCUAAUGUGGCCAGCAAACGUAUGUCGGCAAGUUUGCGCGAAGAAGAGGAGGAAGAAAAGAUAGAGACUGAGGUUAUAGAGGACGCGCUAAGACGGCUUGGCGUAAAUGAGCGACUCGCAGGAGAACGAACGCCGGGAACGGAAAUGCGUGCCAGUGCGUACCGCUGUAGCAGUAAGCCACAGUCGGAAGACGACGGUGAAGUGCCUGAGGAUGAGGAGAACGGCAAUUCGAUCUCGAUCUCAACGAUGACGAACAGCCGGAGCAGUGACAUGAUGAUGACGAGCGGUGGUGGAGUGCCGGUAACCGGUGAACAAAACUACCGAUACCUGCGGCGACAGCAGAGUACUCAGCACCACCAGGAAGACCUGCAGGAAGAGGAAGCCGACGGUGAUGUGGAAGAGUACGACGAUGAGCGGGAAGAUUCGAGCCCCGACCCGAUAAUGGAUGCGAUGAACCGUAACGAGCGGUUCGAUCGGGUGUGCAGCGAUGACGACAAGAUCGAUACGCUCGAUCGAAAGGUGAACAGUAUCUCGGAGAAGCUGCAACAGAGUGCCGCGUACGGGAAUCUCCUAAACGACAACAAUGUCACUGUGUACCGGACCGGCAUAAAGCAAUCGGGUCAGGGUGGGAAGACGAUCUUGCUGAAGCAUCCUGCUGCAGGAAGCAAUCUAAAACCGGCCGGUGCCGCGGGUGCCGGAAUCGGUGUGUAUAUGUACAGUGGGCCGCAUGCCGGAGGGCUAGUAGCGUCACCAGGGAGUGUUGCAGAGGCGAAGAUGAUCGGAGAGAUUACGAUGGUGGAACACGAGCCCAAGGAAAAUGAAAGCUGGACCGAUGAGGAAGGUGAAGAACCAGACCAGAACACGUACUAUGUGCUCCGUCGCAAGAGCGUUGGCCGUCUUCCGAUAAAGCGUGGCCGGCGAAUGAAGCAUUCGGUCGGCUCUGGACCCUCCGUAUCCCCCGGUAUGGUUCAUCAUCACCAUUCUUCUGCAGGUGGUGGCGGCGACCAUCUAGUGAUCGUGCAUCGUAAGAUCAACUCGAACGUGACCAUCUCGGAUGAGGAAAACACGUCUGAGUACAGUCACGCACCGUCCAGUCAACGGUCCACGCUCGAAUCCAAUCCGGAUCUACCGUCGGUCGUGUUGAUGAAAUCCGGCCGACGUGUGGAUCGAAUCAUACAGCAGCAGCAACCGAUGCAUAAGAGCACCACAUCCGCCAAGGACACGGACGACGAUGAUGUCGACGACGACGACGAUGACGAUGGCAAUGUGCCGGAUAGUGAUCUCGAGCUGCAGGACUCUAGCGACAGUAGCUCGGACGAGGUGGAACGAGUCAACCGGCGACCGGUGGCGGAUGUUGUCAACGGGAAUCGGGUGUAACCGGGGAUC